AUGGCUCAGUUGAACAGUGGCUACUUGAGUGUCGAUAUCCUGGGCACCAAGUUCAAGGAUCAUGCUUUCCAGAAGGUUUGCAAUGAUGGCUGGACUUGGAAAGUCAUCAGUGCAGCAGCAGCUGAUGAAAUUGGUGCUUGGUUCCCCACCAUGGUGCAGGCAGCUGCGAACAGCAGCAACUUUGUGGCAAAGGUCGCAAAUGAGAUCGAGGUCGCGAUGAGCUUGGCCUACCACUACGACCAGUGCAAGAGCAUGGAGGUGGCCAUUGAGACGACGAAGUGGUCAAUGCCACUGCCCUAUAUCAAGGCGGUGGGGCACUACACCGCGAAUUUUGCGGGGGGAGAAGGCUUCCCGCUUAUUCGCUAUAUGUCCGACGUGAGUAAAGCCUUUAACUCCAGCUUGUUGAUGGGUGCUGAAUUUAUGGACUCUUUGGCCUUUACUCAGAUGAAGGACUCAACAUGCACCUACCCGCUCUUGCGAACUGCCUUCUGGAUUUCAAACAUGCUGUCGACAAAACAGCAGGAUGGAAUCGCAAAGCAAUUGGUCAAGAGCGAUUUCGAGAAAAUGAAGUCGCCGGCUAACAAGGACCUGGUGAAGUCCGCAGAGUCCCUCAUGAAAAUGUGCCUCGAGCUCCUUCAGAACCUUGGGUGGAUGCACCAAAAGCGGGGGAUCUCCAUCUUUGCUCGGAUGCAGAUCAGGACGGCCCUGUUCCUGUGCAAAAAAUCCGGGAAAGGACGGGAGUCCCAUGUCUUCAAAAGCCUCCAUGAAAUUCAAGAAGCCUUUACCAAGGAAAUCGGCCAAGCCCCAGGAAGUGAGGCCAGCAGCUCAGGAGCUGCCGGCAGCACCGAUUUGAAGGUGAUGUCCCUACAGGAUACUUCGUCGCCCGCCAGCAUCGCCAUGCACCAGUACCCGUGGUUGAAAGCGAAUGGAAAGUACUUGAAGAAGGAUUGCAGUGACAUCCACGUGUUCAUGCACAUGGACGACACGGACGGUGUGUUCACAGUGACAGAUGUUUGGGGCAAGGGGGAGACGGUGAGGGUGCCACACAAAGACCUCAAGUUCAUGAAAGCGACUAGCAAAGAGAUCCCAAUCAUGUUGGAUAGCAGCAUCAUCCACCGAAUGCAAAUCGCAGCGAACCUCACGGAUGAAAUUGAGAAGGCAAAUGCUUUCCUCAAGUUGCACACAUCCUUCCAGGAGCACAAGCUCGAUGAUGAUCUUGAUUUCAGCACUGAUUCGAAAGUCUUCGCGAAGAAAGGUUUCAAAAAGGGUCAUCUCAAACUCCUCCCGUAUGGCUCGAUUGCGAAGUCCAGCUCCCCCGAGAAGGACAAGGCCAAGUGUUUGAUUGAGACGGAUUCCGGAGCAUUCUUCGUCGUGCAGCCCCCCAAGGUUGACUUUGCCACAGGCAUGUUGAAGCAAGUUUCACAAGCUUUCGAUGCCAUUCAUGAAGAACACGAAUGCCUUGAAGCCGGGGCAGCAGCUCCUCCUGUAUAA